AUUCGUUCGAGUUCGUCCAUGGCACUCAAGUUGAUCAAGCAAUCGCGCUGCUUUGGUGGGGUCGUCAAGCAGUUCUCCCAUGAGAGCGCUACCACCCGCAGCACCAUGCAGUUCUGUGUGUUCCUUCCCCCCAACGCGUCCGAGACGCAGAAGGUGCCGGUCGUGUACUUCCUCGCGGGCCUCACGUGCAACGACGAAUUGAUGCAAAUCAAGGCGGGUGCCCAACGCAUUGCCGCGGCGCGAGGUAUCGCCAUUGUCACUCCGGACACGAGUCCCCGUGGAGUCGACAUCGAAGGUGCCGACGAUGCGUGGGACUUUGGCUCGGCCGCCGGCUUUUACGUGGACGCCACGGAACCCAAAUGGUCGGCCCACUACAACAUGUAUUCGUACGUGACAAAGGAACUUCCGUCGAUCGUGAACGCCAACCUGCCCAUUUUGAGCGACAAAGCGUCCAUCAUGGGCCACUCGAUGGGAGGCCACGGUGCGUUGACCCUCGCCCUGCGCAACCCGGAACUGUACAAGGCCGUGUCCGCCUUUGCUCCAAUUGCCCACCCCACCCAAUGCCCUUGGGGUAUCAAGGCGUUCACGGGGUACCUCGGGACGGACCAGGCCACGUGGAAGGUGCGCUUCCAGUAUUUGUUCGAUUUGAGAAUAUACAUAUUAUUGCCUCAAUGUUGACGAUAUUUGAUCGUUAGAACUACGACGCAACGCUGCUCGUGCUGGAGAAGGGGGCGGUCCCUGGGCUCCACAUCUGGGUGGACCAAGGCACGGACGACCAGUGGUUACAGGAGAAGCAACUCCUCCCCGAAGCGUUCGAGGCGGCGUGCCAAAAGGUGGGGCAGCCCCUGACGCUGCGGAUGCUGGACGGCUACGAUCACGGCUACUACUUCAUCUCGACGUUCAUCGAAGAGCAUUUGAACAACCACGCGGACUUGCUCUUGCAGUAGACUAGCACCUCAUGACAAUGCUGUGGGACUGGUAGCAAGCAUCUAAACAUGAUGAAUAAUCAAUUGCAGCUCGUUCUCUUCUACUGGUAUGGGGAUGAUAUACAAUCAUAAUGGAAGUACAAGUGUCGAGGAACUAACAGCAACGCCGAGUUCUGAUGGCGCGUCCAAUGCGAUGAUGGAGUGCGAACCUCUGUUUCAGGGCAGCGCCAUCGUCUUGUCUGGAUACAGCGACCGGUAUGUAGUGAUGCCAAGGCAGUCGUCUCCGACCCCGCUUCUCGUGUACAUGUCUCGGGUACGAUCCCGUCACAUGCUUCUUCGCCUGCGACGUCUUGUUC